GCGCCGCGGGCUGGAGCCGCGGCUGGCGGCUGCCUGUCCGGGCUGGGUCUGGCCGAGCCUCACGUCGCCGUGCAGUGCGCCAGGUCUCCGGGAGAUGGCUUCUCCCCUCUCGCCCGCUGCUCCCGUUAUUGUCUCACCUGGGGUUGCCUGACUCUGCGGGCUCGCUCACGCUCUCGGCCUAGAGGAUCCCCCCGCCACCCCCGCGCUGCGAGCUGGUCCUCGCGCCCUCUCCUGCCUCUUCGCUGCCCCGGGAACCCUGGGGCCGGCGCCCGCCGCGUGCAGCUCGGAGGGGGAGCGGCCCGGGAGGAGGCGGUGCGCGGCCGCCUCGCGUGGGUGCCGGAGGCGCCCGGAGCCGUGGAGCCAGCAGCCCAGGUCGCCGAGCACACGACACGUCGGGUUUUGCAGGAAACUCGCAGUGAGCACAGGCACUCAAGAAACAGGCAGUGGCCCAGAUUAUGUCACCCAAUCAGAUUAUUGACACGUCUCUUUUUGUGGCUGAAUGAUUGAUAUUUUUCCUCCUCACUUGCGGGUACCCAGACACCAUGCCACAACCCUGCAGAACUGACAUUGCCAGGAAGUAGAAGACUUCCUUGUUUCCUCUGUCCCCCAUCCUCACCAUGUCUUCGACUCAGGGCAGUGGGGAACACUGGAAGUCACUGGAGUCUGUGGGCAUCAGCCGCAAAGAGCUGGCCAUGGCCGAAGCCCUGCAGAUGGAGUAUGAUGCUCUGUCCCGGCUUCGGCACGACAAGGAGGAAAGCAGAGCCAAGCAGAACACAGACCCCUCUCUCAUCAGCUGGGAUGAGCCCGUCCUAGACUUCUACAGCAAGCCAGCGGGAAGGAGGAAGGACCUCAAGCUCUUACGUGGUCUUUCUGGCUCUGACCCUACCCUCAAUUACAACUCGCUCUCCCCACAGGAAGGGCUGCCCAACCACUCUACCUCCCAGGGCUCCCAGCCUGGCCCAGAUCCCUGGCCCAAAGGGUCCCUGGCCGGAGACUAUCUCUACAUUUUUGAUGGUUCAGAUAGGGGGCUCUCUUUGUCCCCAGGACCAGGGGACACAGAUGACUCUUUUAAGAAACUGUCCCCACCUCCUCUGCCUCCCCGAGUCUCUAUCUGGGACACUCCUCCCCUGCCUCCCAGAAAGGGGUCCCCCUCAUCCUCCAAGAUCUCCCAGCCCAAUGACAUCAACACUUUUUCUUUGGUCGAACAACCUCCAGGCAAACUGCUGGGGCAUCGGCUCCUGGAAGAGGAAGAGGAGCUGGGAAAUGGGGGUCCAGGGCGCCUACUGGGGUCCAUGGACUACGACGGUAUCAAUGAUGCCAUUACACGGCUCAACUUGAAGUCAACCUAUGAUGCAGAGAUGCUGCGGGACGCCACCAGGGGCUGGAAGGAGGGCCGGGGACUCCUGAACUUUGGCAAGGACACUCCUGGAAAACCUGUGGCCCGGAGCAAGACCAUGCCCCCUCAGGUGCCCCCCCGCACCUACACCUCCCGCUAUGCCAACCGGAAAAAUGGGACACCUGGCAAGAACCUCCAGAUUUCUGCAGCUCCGGUGGGCUCCCAGCCCCACGCCGUUGCCAAUGGCCAUGAGUUGUUUGAGGUCUCAGAGGAGAGAGAUGAGGAAAUUGCUGCGUUCUGCCACAUGCUGGAUAUCCUCCGAUCUGGCUCUGAUGUCCAAGACUACUCCCUCACUGGGUAUGUCUGGAGCACUGUCACCCCAAGCCCAGAGCACCUCGGGGAUGAGGUUAACCUGAAGGUGACCGUGUUGUGUGACAGCCUGCGGGAGCCACUCACUUUUACCUGCAACUGUUCCUCCACUGUAGACUUGCUCAUCUACCAGACCCUGUGCUAUACCCAUGAUGAACUGAGGGGUGUUGAUGUGGGUGACUUCGUGCUAAAGCCCUGUGGGCUGGAGGAAUUCCUGCAGAACAAGCACGCCCUGGGCAGCCACGAGUAUAUUCAAUACUGUCGAAAGUUUGACAUCGACAUUCGGCUACAGCUGAUGGAGCAGAAAGCUGUACGCAGUGACCUGGCCCGGACGGUGAAUGAUGACCAGAGCCCCUCCACCUUGAACUACCUCAUCCAUCUGCAAGAGAGGCCAGUCAAGCAGACCAUCAGCAGGCAGGCCCUGAGUCUUCUGUUUGACACUUACCACAAUGAGGUGGAUGCCUUCCUGUUGGCUGAUGGGGACUUUCCACUGAAGGCCGACAGGGUGGUCCAGUCCGUCAAGGCCAUCUGCAACGCCCUAGCCGCUGUGGAAACCCCUGAGAUCACCAGCGCUCUCAACCAGCUGCCCCCCUGCCCUUCCCGAAUGAAGCCUAAAAUUCAGAAGGAUCCCACCGUCUUGGCUGUGAGGGAAAACCGAGAGAAGGUCGUGGAAGCCCUGACAGCUGCCAUCUUGGACCUGGUGGAGCUGUACUGCAACACGUUCAAUGCAGACUUCCAGACAGCAGUGCACGGGAGCCGCAAGCAUGAUCUGGUCCAGGAGGCCUGCCAUUUUUUGGGGUCCCUGGCCUUUACGGUCUAUGCCACCCACCGCAUCCCCAUCAUGUGGGCUACCAGCUAUGAAGAGUUCUACCUCUCCUGCUCCCUCAGCCAUGGCGGCAAGGAGCUGUGCAGCCCCCAGCGGACCCGAAGGGUUCACUUCUCCAAGUACCUCUUCCACCUCAUCAUCUGGGACCAGCAGAUCUGCUUCCCUGUGCAGGUGAACCGGUUGCCUCGGGAGACCCUGCUGUGUGCCACUCUCUAUGCUCUGCCCAUCCCCCCACCCGGGAGCUCCUCGGAGUCCAAUAAGCAGCGGCGGGUGCCCGAAGCCCUGGGCUGGGUCACUGCUCCGCUCUUCAACUUCAGGCAAGUCCUGACCUGUGGCCGGAAGCUUCUGGGCUUAUGGCCAGCAACACAGGAAAGCCCCAGUACCCGUUGGAGUGCACCUAAUUUCCAUCAGCCAGAUAGUGUCAUCCUGCAGAUUGACUUUCCCACCUCGGCCUUCGACAUCAAGUUCACCAGCCCCGCUGGAGACAAGUUCAGCCCCCGCUAUGAGUUUGGCAGCCUCCGGGAGGAAGACCAACACGUGCUUAAAAACAUCAUGCAGAAGGAGUCCCUGUACUGGCUCACUGAUGCUGACAAAAAGAGCCUGUGGGAGAAGCGGUAUUAUUGCCACUCGGAGGUGAGCUCACUCCCCCUGGUGCUCGCUAGCGCCCCCAGCUGGGAGUGGGCUUGCCUGCCCGACAUCUACGCUCUCCUGAAGCAGUGGACCCACAUGAACCACCAGGAUGCCCUGGGGCUCCUGCAUGCCACGUUCCCAGACCAGGAGGUGCGUCGUAUGGCUGUUCAGUGGAUUGGCUCCCUCUCUGAUGCUGAGCUGUUGGACUACUUGCCCCAGCUCGUGCAGGCCUUAAAGUAUGAGUGCUACCUGGACAGCCCCUUGGUGCGCUUCCUCCUGAAACGAGCUGUCUCUGACUUGAGAGUGACUCACUACUUCUUCUGGUUGCUGAAAGACGGCCUCAAAGACUCUCAGUUCAGCAUCCGCUACCAAUAUCUGCUGGCAGCCUUGCUGUGUUGCUGUGGCAAGGGGCUGAGAGAGGAGUUUAACCGCCAGUGCUGGCUUGUCAGUACCCUGGCCAAGCUGGCCCAGCAGGUCCGGGAGGCUGCCCCGUCUGCACGGCCGGGGAUUCUCCGCACGGGCCUGGAGGAGGUGGGGCAGUUUUUUGCCCUCAACGGCUCCUGCCGCCUGCCGCUUAGCCCCAGUCUGCUGGUUAAGGGCAUCGUGCCCAGGGACUGUUCCUACUUCAACUCCAAUGCAGUCCCCCUCAAGCUCUCCUUCCAAAAUGUGGAUCCGCUGGGCGAGAACAUCCGUGUCAUCUUCAAGUGUGGGGACGACCUUCGCCAGGACAUGCUGACCCUGCAGAUGAUUCGCAUCAUGAGCAAGAUCUGGGUCCAGGAGGGGCUGGACAUGCGCAUGGUCAUCUUCCGCUGCUUCUCCACUGGCCGUGGGAGAGGGAUGGUAGAGAUGAUCCCCAACUCUGAGACCCUGCGCAAGAUCCAGGUGGAGCACGGGGUGACCGGCUCCUUCAAGGACCGGCCCCUAGCCGACUGGCUGCAGAAGCACAACCCUGGGGAGGACGAGUACGAGAAGGCUGUAGAGAACUUCAUCUAUUCUUGUGCUGGCUGCUGUGUGGCCACGUACGUCUUGGGCAUCUGUGACCGACACAAUGACAACAUCAUGCUGAAGACAACUGGCCACAUGUUCCACAUAGAUUUUGGCCGUUUCCUGGGCCAUGCCCAGAUGUUCGGGAACAUCAAGCGGGACCGUGCCCCCUUUGUCUUCACCUCGGACAUGGCGUAUGUCAUCAACGGGGGUGACAAGCCUUCCAGCCGCUUCCAUGAUUUUGUUGACCUUUGCUGCCAAGCCUACAACCUCAUUCGCAAGCACACCCACCUCUUCCUCAACCUUCUGGGCCUGAUGUUGUCCUGUGGGAUCCCUGAGCUCUCAGACCUAGAAGACCUCAAGUAUGUGUAUGAUGCCCUGAGGCCUCAGGACACAGAGGCCAAUGCCACUACCUACUUCACCAGGUUGAUUGAGUCCAGCCUCGGCAGUGUAGCCACAAAGCUCAAUUUUUUCAUUCAUAACCUGGCUCAGAUGAAGUUCACAGGCUCAGACGACCGGCUGACCCUUUCCUUUGCUCCCCGAACACACACUGUCAAGAGCUCUGGCCGCAUCAGUGAUGUGUUUCUCUGCCGCCACGAGAAGAUCUUCCACCCCAACAAAGGCUACAUUUAUGUGGUAAAGGUGAUGCGAGAGAAUGCUCACGAGGCCACAUACAUCCAGAGGACAUUUGAGGAGUUCCAGGAAUUACACAAUAAGCUGCGGCUGCUCUUCCCUUCUUCCCUCCUGCCCAGCUUCCCUAGUCGCUUUGUGAUUGGCCGCUCACGGGGAGAGGCGGUGGCGGAGCGGCGGAGGGAGGAGUUAAAUGGCUACAUCUGGCACUUGAUCCACGCAGCCCCUGAGGUGGCCGAGUGUGAUUUGGUGUACACCUUCUUCCACCCCCUGUCCCGGGAUGAGAAGGCUGCGGGCACCAGCCUGGCUCCCAAGUCCUCAGAUGGCACAUGGGCCCGGCCGGUCGGGAAGGUUGGGGGAGAGGUGAAGCUGUCCAUCUCCUACAAAAACAACAAACUCUUCAUCAUGGUGAUGCAUAUUCGGGGCUUGCAACUGCUCCAGGAUGGGAAUGAUCCCGACCCCUAUGUCAAGAUUUACCUCCUUCCUGACCCUCAGAAAACCACUAAGAAGAAAACCAAAGUGGCCCGGAAAACCUGCAACCCCACCUACAAUGAGAUGCUGGUAUAUGAUGGAAUCCCCAAGGGAGACCUGCAGCAGCGGGAGCUACAGCUGAGUGUGCUGAGUGAGCAAGGAUUCUGGGAGAACGUUCUGCUGGGGGAGGUGCACAUCCGCCUGCGAGAGCUGGACCUGGCCCAGGAGAAGACCGGCUGGUUCGCACUGGGAUCUCGAAGUCAUGAGACCUUAUGAGCCCAGCGGAGCCGUGGCCCAGGACCCCAGGCUCAUGGCAGAGCUGGGGGAGAGGACUCUCCCUGCUUGACUUGUCCCUUCCUUGUGUAGGGGCAGGGCCCGUGGCGGGGCUCCCCUCUGUCCCGGCGGAUCGGGCCUCCGUGGUAGGAGGCAAGGAGAGUAAAGAUGCUCUCUGCUAUCCGCUCCUCUGCAGACUGCGUUUGGGUUGGUUGUGAUGAGCAGCCCCUUGGAGGCUGUGAGGGUGCAGCAAAGUUUUAAGUUUACCUUGUGUCAAGGGAGCAAUGCCUGGUUUGAGGUGUGUGGGGUGGGCUGUAGAAGUAGCAUCUGGGGGGAGGGUCGGUGGAUAUCUUUAUUUUUAUUUUUAAAAAAUGAAAUAGUAAUGUUGUCCUGACUGGACAGGAAGCCUUGUGAGAAGGGACUUACAUGUGCCUCAGAAGGCAAAAGAGCAAUUGGACUUUUUGUAUGAUUGAGGUUCUUAUUGGACUUUUCCCUAGGAUUUUGUUUGUUUGUUGUUUUUGCAUUUCUGUCUAUAGGAAUUAUUUGGGGAGGGGCCCAGUGGGCCCUCAGUUAGUGCCCUCCGUCUCUGAGGCAGGUCGGGAGGGACGGGGAGGGCUGCGUGUGCUGGACUGAGGCCUGCGCCACUGGGCCUUUCUGAUUUUGCCUCCAAAGGAGAGCGAUGUGAUACCUACGUGUGUAACGAAGGGCCUUCCGUAUGGAGGUCUGCAGAGGACCUGUGUUCAGGGACCUGGGCUCUUUUGGGGGGAGUUUUUCCUCUCGUCUUUCCCUAGUUUGCUAGGACUUGCCCUGAAUACUGUCUUCUACCCCUCCAUUCAGCUCUUCUGGGGGUCAUCUGGUCCCUGUGAAUACGCCUGGGUGCUCCCCCAUAGGUCUCUCCCUUCAUUUCUCUCUGGUGAGAUAAACUGCUGCCUCGGCCCUUAGGUUUGGUUUCACCCCAGGGUGUCUUGGCCCUAGGAAUGGGCCUCUAGGCUGCAGAUGCCAGCGUGGCUAGCUGUUGGGUGGUUUCUGGGAAGCUUUCCUCAUCACCCACCACUCCUUUUGUUUUGCUGCUUCUCUCCCAAACUCCAUUUCUGUCACAUUUUUUUAAUAAGAAUUUCUCUUAUUCUAUGGGGCCAUAAACCUAUUUUGUCUGGAGCCAAAGGGAUGCCCCAGCUGAAGAAAAAGGGUGCGGGUGGGGGAUCCCAUUAAAACUGUUGUUUUUUCCAGUGAUUUUCUUUGGUUGUGAGGAGGCUGGAUUGAGCUGAGCUGGAAGGGAGAGACUGGGUCUCUGAUCUCUUAAUACUCUUCAUUCCCUACCAAAUGGAUUUGAAAUUCACUCGCGCGCUUUACUCCGAAAGGUUGUCUUCCUUGAAAAAAGGAGAGACUUUGAAUUUGAUAUUAACUUUUUAAACUGGCUGGUUGUGCCCGGUGAUUGGGGAAUGGAGUUAAGUGGGGAUACGAUGUGGACUGUCCCUCCCCAGCUCCAAGGAUCAGAAAUUCCCCCUUUCGCUGACUCAUUCCAUAACUGGAGAAAGAAGCUCCAUUCAUUGAAGCCACAGAGCAGCAAGGAAGUUUAAACUUUUAAAUUAAAAAUGUCAAGGAUAAAGCUGGCUGCUGUGGGCAGGGGUUAGGGGAGUGGAGAACAGAGGUAGAACUUCUCUAGAUGAAUGGACCAGAGAUGUGUUACUGGCUUUUUGCCUGUAGCUCAUUUUACUUUGACCCUCUAUGCCCCUGUUAAAGAGGUCUGUGUACUGUACCCACUUCCCAGACGUCCUUUAUCUCCUACUUUCUCUGGAAUUGUAUUUUCUAAUAAAUGAUGUUUAGAAAAACAAAA